UAUACUUUCUGGAUUUUCAUUUGCAAGACCACCUUUUCCGCCUGUUUGACCAACUCUGUGGUUCGUCUGGAGUAUCUUACAGAAGUUAACCAUUACCGGCGUCUCAUCACCAAGCUUGAUCAGCCUGGAGUUGGCCGAAUGACCAGCGUUGACUACCUCGCCAUGCAGCCGAUGCUAGCCAACUCACAAACUGAAAUGUUAAUCAUCGGCACUAAUGAGUAUGGUGGCGACAGUGGGAGUCCUAGCAGUAGGCCUGGUGCCGGAAGUACAUUAAGUCCGCAUAAAAGCAAGCUUAGUAGCCCUUCGACGGCCAUGAUGAUGAUGGGGACUACAAACAAUAUCUCUGGACGUGCUGGAUCUGUAGAGGCCGCUUACCGACAUCAAAUUGGCUAA